UCUAUCUACUCCUCUAGUCUGUGGAGAGCACAUCAAUUUCUAUGCUUAGAGUGGAUAAACCAAACCAAAUAAUCUCCUUGCAGUAUAUCAAGAGAUAAAAGAAAGAGCAGUGGAAAGAUUCUAUCAACUUUUACAGUCUUUUUCAAAAAUGUCAAAAAUUUCAGGUGACGAAGGAAGUUUCUCCUCAGCAAACACUGUGGAAGAAGUUCAUGAAGAAAGCGAGCAACAACAGCCACAAAAGCGGCAUGGCUCAAGUUCUGGGGCUUGCAACACCAAUAGAUCAACUAAUCAACAGCAGCAGCAGCAGCAGCAAGCAACCAAGAAGAAAAGAAACCUACCUGGAACCCCAGAUCCGAAUGCUGAAGUUAUUGCUUUAUCACCAACCACAUUAAUGGCAACAAAUAGAUUCGUUUGUGAGAUCUGCAACAAAGGGUUUCAGAGGGACCAAAACCUUCAGUUGCACCGCAGAGGUCACAAUCUUCCAUGGAAACUGAGGCAAAGAGCAAGCAACGAGGUAAAGAAAAGGGUUUAUGUGUGCCCUGAGCCCUCAUGCGUCCACCACAACCCAGCUCGAGCAUUAGGAGACCUCACCGGCAUAAAAAAGCAUUACAGCAGAAAACAUGGUGAAAAAAAGUGGAAAUGUGACAAGUGCUCUAAAAGAUAUGCAGUCCAAUCUGAUUGGAAGGCCCACCACAAAACCUGUGGCACCAGGGAAUACAAAUGUGAUUGUGGGACCAUAUUUGCCAGAAGAGACAGCUUUAUCACACACAGGGCCUUUUGUGACGCAUUAACCGAAGAAAACAACCGAGUAAACCCUUCAUUAACGAGUGGCACUGGCAUGACACCAAGCUUGCAAAAUGAAUUGCAGGAGCUCAUGGCCACAAUGCCUCUAAGCACUAGUUCAAACAACGCAGUACCAGAAUUCAACAACAGCUACGAGUCUAGUAAGAGCCCACUCAAAAGCCUAUCCCAAGAACAUCUUGUCCCAAUGCCAUUUAAGUCCAUGAGCAUGAGGGGUUGCAUGUCCUCUACCACUUCAGGUACACUCUUUGGUGGUCCAAAAAACAUGUCACUCCCCUUAUCUUCCACCCUUCAACUCAGCUCCAACAACUCUCAUACUUUCAAUUACUUCCAAGACAGCAAGAACUCUGCUGCAUCUGCUCACAUGUCUGCCACAGCUUUAUUACAGAAAGCAGCCCAAAUGGGUGCCGCUGCAAGCAAUAAUACCAUUAACUCUUCUCCCACCAUGAUGCAGAAAAGCUUUGUUAGUGGCAUCAUUGGUCCUCACCCCAAUCAUAGUCCUUCUUCCUAUGACCCCUUCCAUCAUCCGGAUCCGCACCCUGAUGAUCAAUCUCACAUGUCUGGGAUUAGGGAUGCUGGAGCAUUCACAAACCAAUUUGUCCACAAGGGGCAGCAAGAAAUGUCAGCAAUGCUUGAUUCCAACACCAGUGAUAUGGGAAUCUUCGGUGCAAUGUUCAUGGGAAGUGACCACAACCAAGGCGUGAUGAAGAACGUGGAACAAGAGGUUGGUGCUAGUAGUUCAAGUUUCAUUCGUAGAAGAGAUGUAUCAGAAGGAAAUCCAACGGGGGCUUCAAGGUUUGGAGGUGCUGACAUGACAAUGAUCCAUGAUUUCUUGGGCGUUGGGGGUGCAACUUCAAGAGCAGGGAGUUUGCAUGAACCACAGAAACAACAGCAAAGUUUGGAGUUAGAAGCAUUAACCCAUCAGAGGUUACAGAUGAUUAAUCACUUUCACCACCACCUUCCACAUGGAGAUUCUGCUAUGGAGAAAUCCGUUUGGGACAUUUAACAACUGAUACAAACGUGCUAUCUGGUUUAAUUUAGACUAUAGAGAAGAGAAGGUUUCCUUCAAAGAUUUCUUGAAAGUUUGUAGCAUUAUCUGAUAACAGUUCCUCAGCCAAUUAUUCUCAAA